AUGGCUGGUGGUUUCUUGCCUUUCCUGACGAUGGUUAUUCUUCAGCUAGGCUAUGCUGGAAUGAACAUUGUAUCAAAACUUGCCAUGGAUUCAGGCAUGAACCCUUUUGUUCAUGUUGCUUACAGGCAACUCUUUGCUACCUUAUCCAUCGCCCCAUUUGCUUAUUUCUUGGAGAGGGAAACAAGACCCCGGUUAACAUUCUCGAUCAUUUUCCACAUUUUCAUGUGUUCUGUUUUUGGGGCAACCGUGAACCAAAUCACAUAUUUUGUGGGGCUAAAGAAUUCUACUCCAACUAUUGCUUGUGCCUUGUCAAACCUAAGCCCAGCAGUCACAUUUAUCCUGGCUGUGCCUUUAGGAUUAGAAGGUGCAGGACUGAGGGCUAAGGCAGGACAGGCCAAGGUAUUAGGGACUGUUGUAUGUGUUGGUGGUGCCAUUCUAUUGUCAUUUUACCACGGGCCAGUUGUCGGUGUGGGGCAGUCAAGAAUUCAUUGGAAAUUUGCGGACAACUUGAGGAAUAAAACUGUUAGCAACCAUGUAAAUUUUGUACUGGGGCCAUUUAUGCUGAUAGUUAGUUCUGUUUCCUGGGCAGUAUGGCUAAUUAUCCAAGCCAGGGUGGGCAAGAUGUAUGCUGCUCCCUAUUCUAGCUCAGCAUUGACAUGUUUCAUGGCCAGCAUCCAGUGUGCGAUUAUUGGCUUUUGUUUCGAUCACCACUUAUCUGCAUGGUCGUUAUAUCCUGCCAUCCGAGCAGUCUCAAGUAUCUAUGCGGGAAUUGUCUGUACCGCAUUAGCAUUUUGCCUCAUGUCAUGGUGCAUCGAACGAAAAGGACCCUUAUAUGUCUCGGUUUUCAGCCCUUUGCUGCUUGUCAUUGUGGCUAUUCUCAGUUGGGCAAUACUUCAGGAGAAACUAUACAUUGGAAUGGUAAUAGGAUCUACCCUGAUUGUUAUGGGACUUUACUGCGUCCUCUGGGGAAAGAAUGAAGAGAUGAAGCCAACUAAAACUCCUGAUCAGGAGGUAGAUUCUGGGAAGCAGUUUACCAUGGAGGAUUUGGAAUUACAAUUGUUCAAGAAGUCAAAUACUUCUGCAGGCACGAAUGGAGAGAAUUAG